CUCAGUGUGAGAUCCGAGCCGAGGUCCCCCGCCGGAAGCGUUCUCUCCUAGUCGGCAUUUCCUUCCUAUGCAAGGCCCGCUGAGGGCUCCAGUUAGUGCUGCUGCUGUUUCUGCCUCUGGGGUCGAUAUGGGUCGGAGCCGACUCGACGGCAUCUAACAACAACAACAACAGAUGAAUGGGGCGAAAUGGCUCAUUCAGGAUACCAGACAAAUGUGACAUUUUCAGAUGCCAGUGAGCAACCAAGAUGGUACAUGCUGAAGCCUUUUCUCGUCCCUUGAGUCGGAAUGAAGUUGUUGGUUUAAUUUUCCGUUUGACAAUAUUUGGUGCAGUAACAUACUUUACUAUCAAAUGGAUGGUAGAUGCAAUUGAUCCAACCAGAAAGCAAAAAGUAGAAGCUCAAAAACAGGCAGAAAAACUAAUGAAGCAAAUUGGUGUGAAAAAUGUGAAGCUUUCAGAAUAUGAAAUGAGUAUUGCUGCUCAUCUAGUAGACCCUCUUAACAUGCAUGUUACUUGGAGUGAUAUAGCAGGUUUAGAUGAUGUCAUUACAGACCUGAAAGACACAGUCAUCUUACCUAUCAAAAAGAAGCAUUUGUUUGAAAAUUCCAGGCUUCUGCAGCCUCCAAAAGGUGUGCUUCUCUAUGGGCCUCCAGGCUGUGGCAAAACGUUGAUUGCCAAGGCUACAGCCAAAGAAGCAGGCUGUCGAUUUAUUAACCUUCAGCCUUCAACACUGACCGAUAAGUGGUAUGGAGAAUCUCAGAAGUUGGCUGCUGCUGUUUUCUCCCUUGCAAUAAAGCUACAGCCUUCUAUCAUCUUUAUAGAUGAAAUAGAUUCCUUUCUACGAAACCGUUCAAGUUCUGAUCAUGAAGCUACAGCCAUGAUGAAAGCACAGUUCAUGAGUCUCUGGGAUGGGUUGGAUACUGAUCACAGCUGCCAGGUCAUAGUGAUGGGAGCCACUAAUCGUCCUCAGGAUCUCGACUCUGCUAUAAUGAGAAGAAUGCCUACAAGAUUUCAUAUCAACCAGCCUGCUCUAAAACAGAGAGAAGCAAUCCUGAAACUGAUCUUGAAAAAUGAAAAUGUGGAUAGGCAUGUAGACCUGCUAGAAGUUGCCCAGGAAACUGAUGGUUUUUCAGGAAGUGAUUUAAAAGAGAUGUGUCGAGACGCCGCCCUUCUCUGUGUCAGGGAGUAUGUUAAUUCUACAUCAGAAGAAAGCCCUGAUGAAGAUGAAAUCCGGCCUGUGCAACAGCAGGACCUGCAUCGGGCAAUUGAAAAGAUGAAGAAAUCAAAGGAUGCAGCAUUUCAGAAUGUUUUAACACAUGUUUGUUUAGAUUGAGAGUAAAGAUCAUUUGUACAGUCAAUGUGAUCUAGUCUGGUGUGCCCUGUUACUAGUUGGUGGAAAUAGAAUGGAAGGAAGAGUGCUCUUCACAUAGUGAGGGAGCUGAAUGUUUAUGACACUGGUUUUAUACUCUGGAUUCUAAGUUAUUGAGAUACAGUGGUUAUAUAAGUGGUAUUACUACUUGUCAGAAAUCAUGAGGUGGAACAAUUUAAUCCAGCCCGAGAAUGUGUGCUCGUGUUUGACCUCCUUAGCCAUAUAUUGUACAGCCUUAUAGCAUAAGUAGCAAAUGAUUCAUGGGUCAUCAGUGAGAAAUGCGGAUGUGGUUAAGUGCUGGUUCCUAGAUACAUGAGUGUGUGUGUAUUAAAUGUAUAUAUUCACACAUUUUUUAUUGAUAUUCUGUAGAUACAUUUGAAUACAGAAACUUUUUUUUUUACCCCAACUACUGAGUCAAAAGUACCGAAUAGUAUAUAGCAAAACUAAGAUUUAAAGUUAUGUCUGAAAGGUACAGUGAUUCAGCCAUUUUCCAGUUAUUUGUUUCAGCCUUUUUUUAAGUUGAGGGUUUCUCUGUCUGCACCUGAUUAGUUACAGUCAGCCACAUCUGACUCAGAUACUUAGAUGUGACUCAGUUAUUAUGGUUGUGAGGAUAAGCAUGUAAAAAUGUGUUCAGUGAUCAGCAUUGAAUUGUUGUCAGGCAAUCCUGCGAUCAGUGCUGAUUUCACAUCUUUCUCCAAGCACCUUAAGUAAAGACAUUUUUAAAAUUUUACAUUGACUUAAGUGAAGAUGGAUUGAAGACCUUUGAAAAAGAAUGUAUUUGAAAAACUCUGCCAUUCAAUACAUUUAUGUGACAUCCUACCUUUCUUCAGUUGUCUUGUAACCAUGGUUUUUUUUAAUGUUAUUUUAAAGCUGUAUUUUGUUUAAUUAUGUCAAAUAUAAUUUGGUCAUCAAAAACGAAAUGGUAGUUUCAAACAAGUAGCUGUUACUAAAUGUGCUGAAAAUACUCAUUUUGUAACGUUAACUUUUACAUUUUUCUUAGCAUCUUAUAAAUUGUGCCCUAGUUAAAUACAGCUGUACACAUCAAAAUUCUUAUAUUGUCCAUGCCAGUUGAUCCUAUGUGAACUACAUAUGAAAGAUUUUUUGUUUGAAAUUCCAUUAACCAGAAUUCUGUUACAGACACUUAAAAACACAGGCUGAGAAAAUGGCACAACACAGUUUUGAGGUGCCUUAUGAAUCGUCAGAAAGGUGAAAUUAUGCUUCAUAUAUUUUUACCGUAUUUCUUUAAAAACUCUGUCUUUAUUCAUGAGUUACAGGAUUAAUUCCCUGAUAAUAAUUCUGUCACUAGAACAUAUUGGAUAGUUUAUUCUUCAGUUGUACUUUGAAUAGUGGGGUGGGUAGAGGCUGUAGGAGAACACUUUGAAUACAAAAAGCAAGUUAUGAAAAAUUGUGAAGAUGUGGAAAAUUCUAAUGCAGAACAUAAGAUACCAAAAAAAAAAUUGUCUCCAUUUUUAAUAACUAUGUUAUACUAUUAUUUUGUAAAUGGGUAAUAAAGGGAUCCCUCUUUAUUGAUUUUUUUUUUCCUCCACUUACUCUUUGGUCUUUUUCAGUUAUUUAAAAAUUUCAGGGUUUCUUGGUUUAUAAGCUGAUGGCAUAUUGAUUGAAAAUAAGGGUUAAUGUUUCUGUAGCUUUUCCUCAUGUCCUUUCUGUUUAUAUCUUCACUUAAGUUAAGAAUAUCCAGUAGUACCCAUUAAAAGAACCCAUUGCCAUUGAGUCGAUUCCAACUCAUAGCAACCAUAUAGGACAGAGUAGAACUGCCCCAUAGAGUUUCCAAAGAGCAACUGAGGGAUUUGAACUGCCGACCUUUUGGUUAACAGCCUUAGCUCCCUAUAGCUCUUAACCUAAGUGGUAAAUUCAGUCACUACCAGCAUUCUCUGUUCAAUGAUACAUUAAAGAGGAAAGUGAAGGGAAUUUAAUUAAAAUAUACAAAUAUAUAUGAUACAUCAGAGAAGGAAACUGAGGUAGAAGCAACUGAUACCUUUUUAGAGUGGGUCACCAUUCCUCCAAUAAAGGUCGUCCUCUGCAAUGUAAGCCUUUUGAUAAAAGUUUACACAGGAUACAAAUAGUCUUACUACACUAUUCUUCUAUCCUCUGUUCAGUCUCUUUUCUCAUUCCUCCUUGUCACCUGUCUCCAACCUUAUUCCCCCUAAUUUUGACCAAUUUAGUCAAACCAUUUGCCUCCUCUGUGAAUCUACCCACGUUCUCUAUUUCUUCUUCCAGGUGAAGUAGACAGUAUGUAUCACUUGAAAUUCUUCCACAGAGAUUCUCCUCUUUCACUGACCUUUAGGGCUGCCCUUGAAAUAUGAUGUCCAGCUUCAGAUUUGUGCUGACGUGGUGUGUGGCCAUUUGUAAAGCUCCCCCAGCUGGUCACAUGAAGCCAUUAGGUAUAUGCUGAAUGAACAAGUUGGCGUUGUAGAAGUAUGAGCAACACGCUUAUCAGUUUGUGUGGAUGGGCCUUCAGGAACUGUUCAGUCAUGUUCUAUAUGUUCCACUUCCACUUGGUGAUGGCGUGCUGCUUGGCUUGCCCAGCGCGUUGGCUAGGUAGAUCACUGUAUACUACUCUUUACUUAAUUUUUUUUUUUUUUAAUUUUGUCCCAGGUAUUCGGUAUAAAAGAACAGUGGAACUGAAGUAUACCUUACUUUUUGUGUGUUUUAUUUCCAGAGAGUGCAAGGCGUUUCCUCUGAAAGGCAGGGUGAAGGGCUGAUGAUUUAGAUUCCUCCUCAAGUCUAGGUAUGCUGGAUCUGGGCCACACCUUUAAUUAGUGUUCACCUAGCCACCCUGGUUUACUCACCCCGUACCGUCCCAUGCAGCAACCUUGUGAUCUUGUCAGUAUUUGAGCUGGGAGCGAUUCAGAUUGCAGGUUCAGAUGUUGAUGGUUUACCUUUAUACUCAGUUGUGACGGCGUUCCGGAAUCCAGUCACCAUGAGAAUGUAUAAGACUAUACCUCCAGCACCUUUUUUACUUCCGUUUUCUAGGCAAAAUUCAGGGAAGGAGGAUUGUCCAGCCAACAGUUUGUUUUUGCAGGUGUUUCCAGAUUCCAGUCUGUCCCAGUAGUACACUAUUUUGUCUGAGGCUUGGCUGAAUUCUCCUCAUACCUGUAAAGUCUCUCCAUCUAGGUCAGGCCCACUCCCCUGUUCACUGUAUCCAAACCUGGGAAUCCAUUCCCGGUAUAACUGCUCUCUGCUUACCUCUGAAGGGCUUAUUUCUCUCUGGAAGUCAGUUCACUAGGAAUUCUUUUCAUCAGCUGUUCUUUGCUAGCCUCAUAGAAAAGUAGUAUUUAAUUUUUUCUGUUUUUUUUUUUUUUUUCUUGUUACUAUGGGAGUGAAGGUCUCUUGCAUCGUUUUACAUUCUAAUAGAAGCAGAAGUCCUAAUACUCAACUUUUUUUAAGAAGUUGUGUGGGUAUUUUAAGUCAUGUAAAGUUCAGAUCAACUUUAUAGGUUUCAGUUCCACCUGUGGAGUUUAUGUACAUACACUGCAUGGCAGAGCCUUGGGCAAAUCUAUUUCUCUUGGCUCUUGUUCCCUUAUCUGUAAAUAGAGAUCAUAAUGUGUACCUUCUGAGAUUAUUUUCAGUUAUAUGCAAAUGCAAGCUAUAAAGUGAAUAUAGCUCUAGGUUAUUGUGUCCUUUUCCAAGUCAUCUCAGAUUUAUAGGGCUCAUUUCCUUAUCUCUAAAAUAAUGGAAAUGCUGAAAUAGACGUGCUCCAAGCCUCCAUCCCAUUUUUCACUAAUCAUACACUAGCAACAGUAGUCAUUUUGAUAAACAGAUGUAGGGCCCUUAGCAAUACUGACCUGACCAUCAUAUAGCUGUGAGACUUCUGUCUGGGUGACUUUCUUAGCAGUAUUACUGAUAGGUGUAGGCCUUGGUAAACCGACCUUUUUUUGGGGGGGGGCACAAAUUAUGAAACAUAGCGUUGAGUAAAGCAUCGAGUAAACACUUGCAUGUACCUGGUGCUUCUGUUUAUUACACUUGCAUAUUCCCUUGGCUCUGUUGGAGCUGUAAGCUUUUCUUUGGUUGUUUACCUCAUAUACCCAAAGAUCUAGCACUUUAUAGAAUUCUUUCUAUGACUUGGGGAUAAGAUGGGGGAUACAUUCUCUUUAGGGGUUAGUGAAAUUACUUUCUUACAUAAAUGCAGGUUUGUUUUGAUAAAUACAUUUGUAGAGGCCAGUCUUUCAACUAAUUUAAAAUAUCAGAUCAAUAUUCAAGUUGUUUACAUGGAAAGCAGUCCAUUAUUAUUUCAGCCUACACUAAGCUGAACUUUAUUUAUGGAAAGGAAGUUUAUGGAAUAAAUAGAAAUCAAGAUUUUUCUUUACCCAUAAACUUGUAUAAUAGUUUAUAAAAACGUGCACAUAAUGUCACUUUAGUAAAAGAGGUAGAGGACAGGUUUAAACUUCUGAAGUAAACUGUAUUUAAGAACUUUAGCAAAUAGAAUGUGUGUGUUAUUGAUGCCAGUGAUUACAAGUAGAUUAAAAGACUUGUGCCCAUCAGUUUGUUGCUUACGUAUUUGGAGGUAAUAAAACUACAUUAAAAACAUUUCUAUAGUUUAGAUUUUUUACUAAUUGAGACAGGUCUUUUCUGCAGUGAAUCCAAAUUAGGAGGUCAAAGUGGAAACCCUGAUGGUAUAGUGGUUAAGAGCUAUGGCUGCUAACCAGAAGGUCGGCAGUUCGAAUCCACCAGAUGCUUCUUGAAAACUAUGGGGCAGUUCUACUCUGUCCUAUAAGGUCGCUAUGAGUCCGAAUCGACUUGAAAGCAGCAGGUUAGGAGGAUAGUGGGCUGGGGGAGGGGGACCUCAAUUAGAAAAGGUAAGCCAUUGCAAAACUACUAAGGACCUCUGUUCACCUAUGAAGGCCUCAUUUCUCUCAGUUCAGCAGACUUCUUGCAGCCACCAUUUUUGGCUAACCCCUUAGAAAAAUAUUUUUAUUUUGUCCAGGUUUUUCUUUUAUUAAACCAAGAUGUCCAAGCUUUAGCCAGUGCCCCACUUAUUUUUAGUAAUAAUUUCAGUAAGAUUACAAAAUAAGAAAAUUAGUCCUUUGGAGUGUGUAUUAGUGAGUUGCUUGUAUAUUGUUUCCAUCAUUUGGUAAAUGCGUACUUUGAGUGGCUCAAUGAUAUGUAAUCUUCACCAAAGAACUUAAUUCAUGCUAAGGAAGAUAAGUGGUUUCUCUUUCAAUAUCUUUACGUAGUAAAUUCUCAAUAGUUUAUACACGUUAGUGAUGGGAAAUGCUUCAAGGAUGGAAACCUAUAGUAGCCCACAUCCCACAGCCAGAGCUGCACUGUCAUUCCAUUGAACGUUUAGACACAAGAACAACGAUUGACAGAUCUGGUGCCCAUCUGUUGUCCUGAUUAGCUCUAAGGAAAAUGUUGAGCAGUACAAGACCUAAAAGUCAGGUCAUAGAAAGGAGAAAGAUGAGAAGAAAACAAAAUACCAACUUGGUAUUGUUAACUAACCAAGGUUUGUUUCUUCUUAAAGGAAAGAUGGAUUGGAAAAAAAAUUGUGGCCUGAUAAAAGUACUGAUGUAUCUAUAAGGUCUGCUAUUAACCUGGCCAAAUGAUUUGCUUCUGCUUUUUCAACAGGAUUUUUUCACACUGCCCUGUGGCAUCCUCCCUCAGCACCACUUAUAUAUAUCUUCAUGUACUUAAACACACAUUUCCUGUGCUAAUUGGCACAAGGCUUCACUGAGUAAACUGGGGGGAGAAAGCAGGAGGACCUACAAGUGGCAGCUUUGAGUUGGCCAUUAUACCAGCUGUAUUUGGGGUAAGGGCCAGUAGAAAAAAAAUUGCAUGAAGCCUUCAGGACAAAAGAGAGGGAGGGACUCAAGGAGAAAAAUAAAACCUGAGAAACUCCUGUAGGUCAUUGGAAGCACUGGUGGAAACAGGUAUCCUUCCUUUCUACAUGCGAAAAUAGCAACUGCUGAGGCUGGAGGAGGUGUGGGGUUGCUGAGAGAAAAAAAAAAAACAUGCACACACACACAACUGCUACUAAGUCAACCAGUGAAACUCCUGGGCAGGGGCUGCUUUGAGAACAAGAUCUACUCCCUUGACAACAGGGAAGCAAGUUAGCUUCAUCUCAAAUGGCCAAAAAAAGUCAGAUCCUUGUGCAAUGAAAUCCUGGGGUGAGGCAUCUGAACCACGCUGUCACCUUUGAAAAGAUCACUAGUGCUUGGCAGAGACCAUGUGUCACAUCUAGAGCACAUUUGGUGAAAAAUGACGUGAACAUGCCAUGAACAAGGGUAAGCAGCUUUGAAAUUAUGGUCUUAACGAGAGUGGCUGCAGCUGUUCAUCUCCCAUUACACAGACACAAAGCCCUCGCCAGUCACACGGCCAACCUACACUCCAAAUUACUAGCAGAAAAGAUAGCCUGCAUUUUGAGAAAUUUAUUAAAAUAAGGACAAGCAUCAGUUGUACAUAGAAAUAGUCAUUUGCACUGUGGUAUUAGAGCAGAAGAGCAGUUUUAAAUACAUUUAAAAAAUCACAAAAUAACAUUGGUUAAGGCACUAAAUGCCGUCUCAUGUUUUCAAUUUCAAUAAAUACAUUUGUUUAAAAAGGCAGUAGUGAAUGCCUCCGAUAAAUACAGGCACUAUAGUAUAAAAGAUAGUUUUUUGCUGUGGCCACUGUAUAUACUUUAUUCUCAAAAGAACUUCCAUUAGCUAAGAUUCGAAUUUUUUUUUAAUAACUGAAAAGUAUUAAAAAAAAAAAAAUCACAGUUUUGUCUUUCUAGUUUAAGG